AUGACAGUUGGUGUUCCAUUAAAAGAUACUUCAGUAUUCAAAUCGAUUAAAGUCGGUCAAAAUGAAUUGGCUCAUAGAAUCGUUUAUGUCCCCACCACCAGAUUUAGAGCUUUAGAAGAUCAUACUCCUUCUGAUCUUGAAUUGAAAUAUUAUGGUGAUAGAUCAGAAUAUCCUGGUUCAUUAAUCAUUACUGAGGGGACAUUUGUAUCUGAUCAAGGAUCAGGAUAUACUAAUGUUCCUGGGAUUUUCACUGAUAAACAUGUUAAAGCUUGGAAACAAAUUACGGAUAAGGUUCAUAGUAAUGGAUCUUUCAUAUCAGCUCAAUUAUGGUUUUUAGGUAGAGUUGCUACUCCUCAAGUAUUUAAACAAAAAGGUUUAGAUAUUGUUGCUCCAUCAGCUAUUUUUGAAAGUGAAUAUUCCGAAAAUAAAGCAAAGAAAGUUGGAGUUAAAAUUAGAGCUUUAACUAUUCCUGAAAUUAAACAUCUAAUUUAUGAUACUUAUACUAAUGCUGCUAAAAAGGCUAUUGAAGCUGGGUUUGAUUAUAUUGAACUUCAUUCAGCUCAUGGAUACCUUUUAGAUCAAUUCUUACAUCCAGUAACUAAUAAACGUACUGAUGAAUAUGGUGGAUCAGUUGAAAAUAGAGCUCGAUUCACUUUAGAAUUAAUCGAUCAAUUAUCAAAAGUAGUAGGUGCUAAUAAAGUGGCCAUUAGACUUUCACCAUGGGCUAAUACUCAAGGAAUUUUAGCUCAUGAAGAUGUCAUUCAUCCUAUCACUACUUUCUCCUAUUUAAUUAAUGAAUUACAAAAGAGGAAAUUGGCCGGUCAAGAAUUAGCUUAUAUAUCUAUUGUUGAACCAAGAGUUAGUGGAUUGAUUGAUGUCGAUGCCGAAGAUCAACAAGGUACUAAUGAAUUCGUAUAUCAAAUUUGGAAGGGGAAAAUCGUUAAAGCUGGGAAGUAUACUUAUGAUGCUCCUGAAUUUAAAUCAAUUCAAAAUGAUACUGCUGAUGAUCGAACUUUAGUUGGGUUUUCAAGAUAUUAUAUUUCAAAUCCUGAUUUAGUAUAUAAAUUGAAGAAUGGAUUAGAAUUAAAUGAUUAUGAUCGUUCUUCAUUCUAUGGUAAAAGUAAUUGGGGGUAUAAUACUUAUAAUAGACAUGAAGAGAAUUCAAAUUAUGAUAAAGAAAAAGAAUCUAAAGUUUUCCCAAGAGCAUUAAAAUUAUAA